AUUGAAUUGUUUGUCAACCGGCAUUAUAACCUAAAAAAAAAAAUUAAAAAACAUUCUAGAACAUUCGAUCAGGUUGGAUCCACGUUAAACAACUUGAACAAUAUUACAAUUAAAAAUGAGUCAACAAAUUGAAUCUGUUAAAAAACCAAUAUUUCAAGAACUAACUGCUGAUGAUCCUGAUGCUGAAGCUACAGUUAUUGAGAGCAUGUGUAUGAAUUGUGAAAAAAAUGGUACAACAAAGUUAUUAUUAACUAAAAUACCACACUACAAGGAUGUCAUUCUUAUGUCAUUCGAUUGUGAACAUUGUGGUUUUCAAAAUAAUGAAAUACAAAAUGGUGGUAAAAUAAAUGAAAAUGGAAUUAAAAUUGAGCUUGAAAUGACAAAUGAAAAUGAUUUAAAUCGUCAAAUUGUCAAGUCUGAUUAUACUUGUGUUAAAAUUCCAAGUAUUGAUUUUGAAAUACCACCACAAUCACAAAAAGGAGAGGUAACAACUGUCGAGGGAAUUAUUGAUCGUGUAAUAGCUGGUUUGAUUCAAGAUCAAUCGAAACGUCGUGAAGAAAAUCCUGACAUUGCUGCUGAAAUUGAUUUAUUUAUAAUAAAAUUAAAAGCAUUAAAAAUCAUUGAUGAACCAUAUAAAAUAAUAUUUGAGGAUAUAACUGGUGAAUGUCAUGUUGAAAAUCCAAAUUCACCUCAAAGAGAUCAUCACGUUAAAAUAAGUCAUUUUGUUAGAUCUGAAGAACAAAAUAAAAUGCUUGGAAUAUUUGAAGCAAAUAAUGAUGAAUUAUUAAAACCAAUAGCACCAGGUACAUUUACACUUGAACAGCUAGAAGGUGAAGUAUUGACAUUCCCAACAAAUUGUCCAGAGUGUAAUAAUCCAUGCUCGACAAACAUGAAAAUGACAAACAUACCACAUUUUAAAGAAGUCGUUAUAAUGGCAACUGUUUGUGAUAUAUGUGGACACAGAACAAAUGAAGUUAAAAGUGGCAGUGGUAUUGAACCAGAAGGUAUUAAAAUUGAAGUUAAAAUAAAUGACAGAGAAGAUUUUAGUCGUGAUGUAUUAAAAUCUGAAACAUGUGCUAUGGAAAUACCAGAAUUAGAUUUUGAAGUUGGUUCUGGUGCACUUGGUGGUAGAUUUACAACAGUUGAAGGUUUAUUAACAGCAACAAAAGAUCAAUUAAUAUCAAGCUCAACAUUUGAUGGUGAUAGUGCCGAUAUAUCUGCUGGUAAAAGAUUAGAUAAAUUUACAAAAAUUCUUGAUGAAAUACUUGAUAGUAAACGUUCAAUUACACUUGUACUUGAUGAUCCAGCUGGUAAUAGUUAUAUUCAAAGUUUAGCUGAUUCUGGAUGUGAUGACAGGCUAAAAAUAACACGUUACAUAAGAAAUUAUGAUCAAAAUGAAGAGCUUGGAUUGAAUGACAUGAAAGUUGAAAAUUAUUAAAACUUUAUUUUCAUUUUUUAAUUGUAAAUAAUCAACAAUUAAAUUGUUUUUUUUAAUAUUUGAUUGAUAAAUAUAUUAUUAAUUAAAU